AUGGAGAUGUGGAAGAAGAUUGCGGAGCUCUUGAUGUUUAUACAAGUGAAUGUGUAUCAUCAGAAAGCUCACGCAAAAGAAGGAGAGCACUGGGCAGAGAAUAAAGAGGUGGAUAACUUUGUCCAGUUGCGGAAAAUUGUAUUAGUUGGUGCUGAGAAGUGGGAACGAACAGAGAAAGGAAGAAUCGUUCCCAGUGAGUGCAUAAUGGAGACCGUGAUGGCUGUCCAUGAAGAAAUUGGCCAUGCGGGGAUUAAACCCACUCGCAGGGAAUUGGCGAAGCUGGAUCUUUGGAUCAGAGAGAAGGAAAUAAGGAAAGUGCUGAGAGAGUGCACUGUUUGUGGUCAGUUCAACGCUGGAAGAAGAGUAAAGAGGUCAGAUGACCUCACAAUUAAAAGCACCGUGCCAUGGGGCUCAAUCUGCAUGGACGUGGCAGGGCCAAUGGGAAUCUCAGGGAAACAGGGAGAACGCUAUCUGAUUGUGCUGGUGGACUCUAUGUCUGGGUACAUGGUAGCAAAAGCAGUGAGGAAUGCAACAGGAAGUGCUGUAGUAACCAUGCUGGAGCAGACAUGCUGUGCUCUGGGAAAACCGAGAGAGCUUCGGACGGACAACGGAACACACUUCAAAAAUAAGAAGAUGGAUGCAUGGUGCCAGCAGAACGGAGUUUUUCACGUUUAUGCUCCUGUGUACACACCACAGGCAAACGGAAUAGCAGAGAGAACUAUUGGCUUGGUGAAAACAUGGAUAGCAAAGAAUGCAAAUAGCAAAGAGUGGAGCACGAAGAUGUUGGAGCUGUCCAGGGUCCUGAAUGACAGAUUCAGGGCAACGAGGAAGUCACCAGCUGAAGAACUGAAUAAACGCCCCUUCACGUCAUUGGAGAUAGGGCGGGGACCUGAACAAAAGCAUGAUACUCAGGGAGAACACCGACCACUGACAGUCGGUCAGCAGGUGUGGAUCAAAGCACAAAAUCCUUCAACUGGAUUGGCGGUUAAGCCAAAAUACGACCGCAAGGACACGGUUGUGGAGAUUUUGGAUCACAAUACAACGUACAAGGAUAGGGCUUCUGUCAGGAAGAGCCCUGGGGAGUUUGAGGAGAGCAAAGGAGGGGGUCGUUUCCGAAGAGAAGGAGAAAUUACAGUGGGGGAGUGUGAACAACUCCUGCGCCAUAUGCUGGACACAGAGUGGAUUGGAAAUUCUGUGGGAAGGGCUCGUGGAGCCCUCGUGGAAAUCAUAGUAGUGGAGGGAUGGCAAGUGCGCAGAUUUCUGGACGCCAUCCAUUAUCGGACCCCGAGGCUGGAAGAGGCCUGGGGAGGAGGCGAGGGGAUCGGCAGACGAAGAAGAGGAUGGGAUUACGACAGCACAGUACCACCGGAGCCCCAUGUUUCACAGUGGGAGGAAAUUCUGAGGAGCUGCUGGCCUGACACGGUCAGAACAGGCCCCAGACCAAAUGCUGUGGUACCCUCUUUCCCUGUUUUUAAGGCAUGUGGAAUAAACUACAUGAAGGAGUUUGACCACAUGAAUUUGUCAGAGGGGAGAAUAUGUACAUGGAGAGAGAUUUUGGAUGAAGUCUUCACAUGUGGAGAUGGAGUGCAGGAGCUGGGCCCGGUGCCAAGUGAGAGAGGUAUACGAAGUACUGCUCUCUAUUCGAACAUGACAAGUUUGGAUGCAUGGGGUUCGUCCACCACUGUCUCAGUUGGACGACACAAGGAUUACCUGGUCUCCACUGUGGAGGGUCAGGUAAGCGAUGCCAGAGCAAUACGGGUGAUGGUGAAGUCUGUGAUUCACCCACAGGGAGGUGUGGUUUCAGUGGGAGCAGGCAUCUCUGUUUUAACAGAUGCAUGGUGUGCUGGAACAGAAACUACUACCAAAAUAGUGGGACGAAAGUCAUGGAUGCAGAGGCUCCGCUCUUUGGGAGCGAGGCUUUGGCCAGGACGGGACGAAGCCACACCUGCUCAAGAGAGGAAGUAA